GAUUGAGCGCUCGACCGGGAGCAUUCGCAGCUUUUCCUCCAGCCCGUGGGCAUUGUUGUAAUACACAAGGACAAUACAAGAAUAGAGAAGCGGAUAAUAGAGCCUCAAAAGGGGGCAUCAGGGAAUCUCUCUUUUAUUGGGUCCUCGUGCAUGUGGUGCUAUAUGAGAGCUGUGUGUCGGCUGAAGUUGUAGUUUCGCAGCGAUCGGUCCCGACAGAAACAGCAGGCAUGAUCCUCAGACCGAGUCCAAGUUUCGCGGUGCUGUCCCUUCAUGUGAUUUUGCGGUGCCUGUGGAUGAGGGUGUGUGAGGCAUCGGGACAUUUUGAGCUUCAGGUUUUGUCUGUGCAGAAUGUGAACGGAGAGCUACAGAGCGGCGCGUGCUGUGACGGCGCCCGAAGCGCGCUUGACAGCCGAUGCACCGCGGACGAGUGCGACACGUUUUUCCGCGCGUGUUUGAAGGAGUAUCAGUCCCGGGUGUUCUCGGCAGGACCGUGCAGCUUCGGAAGCGGAUCUACUCCGGUUAUCGGUGGAAAUACAUUUUCUCUCAAACCUCACGCCAGCCAGAGCGAUAAAUCCCGGAUUGUGCUGCCCUUCAGCUUCGCGUGGCCGAGGUCAUACACAUUGAUUGUGGAGGCUUUGGACUUCAAUAAUGAUUCGACCACUGGCAGCAUAAAUGGACAAGUCAUAGAGAAAGCCGUUCAGUCCGGCAUGAUCAACCCAAACCAUCAGUGGCAGGUUCUGAAACACAACGGCCCGGUGGCUCAGUUCCAGUACCAGAUUCGGGUGACCUGCGAUGAACACUACUUCGGCUUCGGGUGCAAUAAGUUCUGUCGACCCAGGGAUGACUUUUUCGGUCACUAUAACUGUGAUCACAACGGCAACAAGACCUGCCUGGAAGGUUGGGCCGGCCCAGAUUGCAACACUGCAAUCUGUAAGCAAGGCUGCAGCACUGAGCACGGCUCUUGUAAAACACCAGGAGACUGCAGGUGUUUAUAUGGCUGGCAGGGAGAAUACUGCGAUCAGUGCAUUCCCCACCCCGGGUGUGUGCACGGCACCUGCGGCGAACCCUGGCAGUGCCUGUGUGACACCAACUGGGGCGGACAGCUUUGCGACAAAGAUUUGAAUACAUGUGGCACGCGGCAGCCCUGUCUUAACGGCGGUACCUGCAGCAAUACCGGACCGGACAAAUACCACUGCGCCUGUCCUGAUGGAUACUCAGGACUGAACUGUGAGAGAGUGGAUAACGCCUGCCUGUCUGAGCCGUGUUUGAACGGAGGCAGUUGUGUGGAGUCCAGUCAGGGAUUUGAGUGUCAAUGUGCGGCUGGCUGGAGUGGACCGUCCUGUGACAUCAAUGAAGACGACUGCAGUCCGAACCCGUGUAAUCACAGCGGUGUGUGUGUGGACCUGGUUGAUGGGUUUAAAUGCGUCUGCCCUCCUCAGUGGACCGGAAAGACCUGUCUCAUUGAUGCUAAUGAGUGUGAGGAAAGCCCUUGUGUCAAUGCCCACUCCUGCCGAAAUCUGAUUGGUGGAUACUUCUGCGAGUGUCUCUCUGGUUGGACGGGCCAGAACUGUGACAUCAAUGUCAACGAUUGCCACGGACAGUGUCUAAACGGAGGCCUAUGUAAGGAUCUGGCAAAUGGAUACAGGUGUCUGUGCGCUCCGGGGUUUGCGGGUGAACACUGCGAGAGAAAUGUAGAUGAGUGCGCCACUCGACCCUGCCUGAACGGAGGCCGAUGCCAGGAUGGCGUCAAUGGUUUCCAGUGUUUGUGUCCAACUGGAUUCUCAGGUGCCCUGUGUCAGCUGGAUGUGGACUACUGCGAGAGCGGCCCGUGUCAGAACGGAGCGCAGUGCUUUAGUUUGGCCUCGGACUAUUACUGUAAAUGUCCUGAAGAUUAUGAAGGAAAGAACUGCUCCCAGCUCAAGGACCACUGCCUUACAACACCCUGUCAAGUGAUUGACAGCUGCACAGUCGCCGUGGCGUCCAACAGUACUCCGGGCGGCAUGCGGCUUAUCUCCUCUAAUGUUUGUGGUCCUCACGGUCGCUGCCGCAGUCACGCCGGUGGACAUUUCAGCUGCGAAUGCCAAGAGGGAUUUACUGGAACCUACUGCCAUGAGAACAUCAACGACUGUGAAAGUAAUCCCUGCCGCAACGGCGGUACCUGUAUUGAUAAAAUCAGCGUGUACCAGUGUAUCUGCGCCGAUGGGUGGGAAGGACAAAACUGCGAGACCAACAUUGAUGACUGCCGCAUGAACCCGUGUCGAGACCGAGGUGUGUGUCGAGAUCUGGUAAACGAUUUUUACUGCGAGUGUGAAAACGGCUGGAAGGGAAAGACCUGUCAUUCACGCGAAAGCCAAUGUGAUGAAGCCACUUGUAACAACGGAGGUACGUGCACUGAUGAAGGCGAUUCGUUUAAAUGCAUGUGUGCUCCUGGAUGGGAGGGAGCUACCUGUAAUAUAGCUAAGAACAGCUCGUGCUUGCCAAACCCUUGCGAGAACGGAGCCACGUGUGUCGUAAGAGGCGACAGCUUCACCUGCGUCUGCAAAGAAGGAUGGGAGGGGCUCACCUGCAGCCAGAAUUCCAAUGAUUGCAACCCUCAGCCAUGCUAUAACAGUGGUACAUGUGUCGAUGGUGACAACUGGUACAGGUGCGAGUGUGCCAGUGGAUUCGCAGGACCCGACUGUCGCAUCAACAUCAAUGAGUGCCAGUCGUCUCCUUGUGCAUUCGGAUCCACGUGUGUUGAUGAAAUUAACGGCUACCGCUGCCUGUGCCCGCCUGGCAGAACUGGACCCAGAUGUCAGGAAGUGUCUGGUCGUUCUUGUGUUGUUGGAGGUCGGUUUGCUGUGGACGGCACAAAGUGGACAGACGAUUGCAAUACCUGUUACUGUAACAAGGGCAUUGUUACCUGUACUAAGCUGUGGUGUGGGCCCAAACCCUGCCGUGCGCUCGGCUCUGGACGGGGCGACUGCCCGCUAGGUCAGCACUGUGUACCGUUACGUGAGGAUCAGUGUUUCGUAAAGCCUUGCUCCUUACAGGGCGAGUGCUGGUCUGCUCACCGCCCGGCCGUACGGGCGCGGUGUCACCCGGAGGGCGACUGCGCGAAUGUCACCUUUACCUUUAACAAGGACACUAUGCCACAGGGAGUGACAGUGGAGCAGGUAUGUCGAGAACUGAGGCAUCUGUACGUGGCCAGGAAUGUUUCAACAGAGUUGUCCAUCUCCUUGAGCUGUGAGGCGUCCUCCACCGCUAACAACCAAAUCCAUGUGGCCAUCCAUGUGACUGAGGAUGGGGUGCACGGCCGGGUGCCUGUUAAAGAGAUCACUGACAGUAUCAUCGACCUGGUGAGCAAACAUGGCGCCAACAGCAGCAUAAUCGGCUCCAUCGCUGAGGUCCGUGUGCAGCGCAGACAACAACAGAACCCCAAUGUAGACUACUUGGUGCCACUGCUGGUUUCCAUAGUGACGGCAAUUUGGGUUUUGGCACUGGCAUCGGUGUUCCUGUGGUGCAUGCGACAUCGGCGUAAACGAAGUUCAAGCCCCACGCCGAUCAAUCCCGCUGCCACCUUCUCCAUGGGAACCACGGAGGACAACACGGUAAACAACGCUCGUGAGCAUCUCAAUCAGAUCAAGAACCACAUCGAGAAGAACGCGUCCAACAGCAGCCUUCCCGGUAAGGAACACCACUGCGACGACAAAAACACGGUCAACGCCAAAAUCAGGACGCAAUUUUCUGAAUCCGCCAGACUUGCGGAGGACGACCAGAAUUCCAGCAAGCACCUGCAGAAAGCUCGAUUUCCACGCCAGCCUGCAUACAUGCUGGUAGACCGGGAUGACAGGAUGAGUUCCAAUGGAACAGACGGAAAACAUUCACACUGGACUAACAAACGAGACAACAGGGACCUGGAAUCACAGCACAGAGUUCCGGAUUCGCAGCACAGAGACCUGGAGACACAACACAGCUCGCACAAAAUGGAGUAUAUCGUAUAGCGGCCGAUCCGAAGGAGCACCGUAGCAAUCAUAGCAUCGACGCGACUGUCGCGCAACGGCAUACGAGGUCAAGGGAUGACGACCGAGGACCUGUUUGGAAUCAAAACGUUCCAGAGGGUUCUCAAUUAGAUGUUAGUCCUACGUGUUACAGAAGAUUCACGGGACCACAGGCUGGUUCGGGUGAAUUUAUGCACGUCAGUGUCAGUAGUGUGCAGUGUUUCUAGCCAAUAAAAUCACGUCAGCAGAGUAAGAAUUGCCAUAUUCAGCUAAUUGGGUGAAUCUCGCAAUCAAAUAAAACUGCGUUGCUUUAGUUUGUUUCUAUUGCCUAGUUCGUAAUGUAUGGCAAAUAACAAAAUUUCUUGUGAAUCGGUUCCAAAAAUAGUUGAUUGCAGGUGCACAUGCACUUGGAGAUUGUAUUUACCCCCAUCUUUUCUAUUCCAUUUUCACACUUUGGUCAACGAUUAUUUUUUAUUUAUAACGUUUCCACUUUUUUUAUAAACUUCUUUUCAGGCAGGCAGGUCAUGCUUAGAAAUUACUGUCUAUAUGAAGAAAUGAACUGUCGAUUUAGACAUCAAUGUUGUAUAGAUGAUUUUGUACAUAUUUUCUAAUUAAUCAUUGUGUAUAUUUGAUUUUAUUAACUUAAUCAAGAGCCUAUCUUUUGUUUUUAUUUAUUUUCAUUGUUUUAGAUUUAAAAAUGUGACAGCUGGUGUCCAACCUUUGUAUUUUCGGAUUGGAAAAUAUUGUCUUUUUCCCGAAAUGCCAAAAAGAUUAUUUUUUGAAAAAUAGGGUGUGUUUUAUUUCUUUCUGGAUCUGAUGUGCAAUGUCUGUUGUAGAAAACACGUGCUUGGCUUAAAUGUCGUGAGACGUAAUCUAGACGGAAGUUUUCCGUCUAGUUUUGAAACACUUUGCCUGUACAAAUACACUUCCAAUGUUAAGUUUUUGUCAAGAUUGUUUGUCAAAAUAAUUCCUGAAUAACUUUUUUACUUGUGAUAUUGAAACCAGACUUCAGUGUUAAAUGAAAUUGGCAGGUGAGAAUAUUAAACAACCGUUGUUUGGAGUUUUCUGGUAAACCACAGUAUUCAAAUGAACUGUAUCUAAACAGCCCAAAGGGAACAAACAGUAUUAGAAGUGCAAUGUUUGCUUGUACAGUACUAUGAAUAUGAAGAAACAAACCUGAAUGUGAUAUGAUGGACGACAAUGAAAGCGAAAUUUAAUUCAAUGUAUGAUACAGUAGGAUUGUAAUACUUUCUUGUUUCCUACUUUUUGUCCAAAUGUUGUCAAGUUUUAUUGUUCAUUUGUUAAAUGUUUUAUUUUUGUUCUAUAAAAACUCUUACAUGAAA